GCGCAUUUAUGCGAGUGAAACUUGUGCAGGACACCCAGAGCGCGCGUGCACGUGAGCGCUUGAGGAAACUUUCGCUGGAGUAAGGGAUUGUGUUUGUGUGUCUGAGAGAAGAAGUUUCUCGUCAUGGAUCCGAUCGACAGAGGCGUGUGAGCGUGUGUGUGUUCAUGUUAGUCGUUUUGAUGGCCGCCGUUGUCGUCGCUCUACUGUUGUUCUUCACUCAAUCCCCUUCGCUCGCCACCGCCGACCCGCUCGCGUCCCACGGCCAUGAUCCGCCCGCCAACGCCACGCGCCGCCUGCCCGACAUCAUCAUCAUCGGCGUGAGGAAGGGCGGGACGCGCGCUCUCAUCGAGAUGCUGAGUCUCCACACGGACGUGGUCGCGGCUCAGAGCGAAGUUCACUUCUUCGACUGGGACAGUCACUACCGGCGCGGCGCGGAAUGGUACGUGUCCCAGAUGCCGUACGCCCGGCCGGGUCAGCUGACGGUGGAGAAGACCCCGGCGUACUUCACCUCCGCCCGCGUCCCCGAGCGCGUCCUGCAGAUGAAGCCUGACGUGCGGCUGCUGCUGAUCGUCCGUGAGCCGACCGAGCGACUGCUGUCCGAUUAUACGCAGGUGUUCCACAACCGCCUGGAGAAACGCAAACGGCAGCAGACGCUCGAGACGCUGCUGAUGCGCGGCGGAGAGCUCAACCUCGACUACAAGGCCUUGAACCGCAGCCUGUACCACGUCCACAUGCGACACUGGCUGGACGCGUUUCCCCGGAGCCGCAUUCAUCUGGUGGACGGAGACGCGCUGAUUAGAAACCCUCUUGCGGAGAUGAAGAAGGUGGAGGAGUUCCUUCAUCUGGAGCCGCAGAUAAACGGCUCCAACUUCUACUUCAACCAGACCAGGGGUUUCUUCUGUCUGCGCGACCGGCGGCGCGAGCGAUGCCUGCACGGCUCCAAAGGUCGCAAGCAUCCGCGCGUGGCGCCGGAAGUCCUGCGCAAACUCUACGACUUCUUUCACGAACCCAACCGGAAGUUCUUUGAGCUGGUCGGAAGGACCUUCGACUGGAAGUGAGGAGCGGGCGAGUCCGCAGAGUCAAAUAAGCUGAAUAUCAACAGUCCGGAGCGUGCAAAUACGUGACGAAUCACACCUGAAAUAACUGGAACGUCAUUAUGUAUUGAAACGAAAUGACACAUAAUGUGAUGAACUCAAAGUUCUUCAGGGGUAGAGUGAGUUUUUUUUUUUUAUGAUUUCAAGAUUAUGAAGUCUAGUUUUUGACAUGGUUCACAGUAAGAUCACAGUGUGAAUGGAUUUCAGAGUUUCAGAGCUCUUCACAGAACUUAUAUUCAGAUAUAUGGACAUAAGCAUGUGAAAUACAUCUAUUUUAUAUGUUGUGUGUCUAAUGAUCCAAAUACUGUUUUCCUGCUGCUAAGUUCAUGAAUGUGUGUGUGCGUGUCUUUAUAUCAGUCUGUGUUAGUAAAAUAUUUCCUCAUUUAUUUCUUGACGUAGUCUAUGUAUUCUGUUUAUUAAAUGUUUUAUAUGAAGGAAUCACCGUAAUAAAGUUAUUUUUGCUAUGA